UGGACUGGACCUUAACAUGGUCAUGAGCCGGAGACACUCGCGGCAUGCCCGCUGCAUAGCAGGCCUAUUUUGGGAAAGGAAGUGCUCUUGGUGGCGGUGCCUUCCUGUCAAACCUGGAGUUCAAAGAACACAUCAAGUUGUGUGAAGCCAGCUCGGUCCCGUGGUAACACGGGGGACACAUGUGCAUGUUCCGAUGCGAGGGUCCCGGGACAGAGGAUGUCGGGUCUUGGACGGAUUGUACAGUUUGUGAUUCUGGGCAUUACGAAAUAAACAAAACAGAAUAAAGGGGACACGCUCGAGGCGGAGGGCGUGGCCGCGCGCGCUGGCGCUUUGUGUUUGGGUCGAACCGAUCAGCGGACGGUCUCUUCGGUAACCGGGCAGACCUUCAAACUGAGGACCACGAACGUGAGCCCGUUUGUCGCCCCGGCCUUGGUGCCAUGGUCCCCAGUUACACAUGAGCUCUACUAUGUGGUACAUCAUGCAAAGCAUUCAAAGUAAAUACUCCUUGUCCGAGCGGCUCAUCCGCACAAUCGCUGCCAUUCGCUCAUUCCCACACGACAAUGUGGAGGAUCUCAUUCGUAAGGGAGCUGACGUAAACCGGAUGCAUGGCACACUGAAGCCCCUGCACUGUGCCUGUAUGGUCGCCGAUGCUGACUGUGUAGAGCUGCUGUUGGAGAAGGGCGCGGAGGUGAAUGCUUUGGAUGGAUACAACCGAACAGCCCUGCACUAUGCAGCAGAGAAGGAUGAGAGCUGCGUGGAGCUGCUGCUGGAGUACGGGGCCCAGCCAAACGCCCUGGACGGCAACAAGGACACACCACUUCACUGGGCUUCCUUCAAAGAUAACCCAGAGUGUGUGAGAGCCCUGCUGGAGAGCGGCGCCCUUCCCAAUGUCAGGGACUACAACGAUGACACGCCUUUGAGCUGGGCAGCAAUGAAGGGCAACCUGGACAGCGUCAAAGUGCUAUUAGACUACGGAGCUCAGGUCCAUGUGACCAACCUGAAGAGCCAGACUCCUAUCUCCCGACUGGUUGCCCUGUUGGCCCGGGGCCUGGGUACCGAGCAGGAGCAGGAGGAGGAGUGCUUGGAGCUGCUGUGCCGGGCAGCGGGGCGGUUUGAGAUCCGACGGGCUGACGGCACCCUUCCCAGGGAGCUGAGUAAGGAUCCCCAGCUGCUGGCGAGGCUGACCAACAUGGUGGCUCAGGCUCCCACGCUUCUCUCUCUGGCGCGCUGUGCUGUCCGUCAGAGUCUUGGAGUCCAGUUCCUACCCACUGCUGUAAAAAAGCUUCCUUUACCAGAGACUAUCAAAGAGUUUUUACUGCUGAGAGACUGAGGUGAUGGAACCAUUAGGGAACUCUCAGACCGUACGGGCUGAUAAUUGGGCAUUUGUUAGAAAGUGUCUCCAUUGAAUUCUAGUAUAUUGUCUGACGGUGACCCUCAUGUAUCAUUGUUGGUCGCUCUGGUCUGGCCUGUUCGUCUUUUCACAGCCCACACGGCAGGCAGUUCAGACAGAAAGGGCAACAUCAGGGUUGUUGGGCUUCAUCAUUGGAAUUGACCUACAUGAAGCUGGUUGUGUCCACCCAGCUGUUCACAAAGAACAUCUUUGACAUUAUAAUUAGGCUUAUUAUUUGUUGUAUCGAAAAUGUACAAUAUGUAUUAGAUAUGUUGCAUUUGAAUGCUUAUAUAUAUUUUAUUAAUAUGGUUUGUCACAGAGCGUGAGGAAAAUCCUAAAUGUUGAGUUUGUUGGUGAAAUUAGUCCAUCCUCAUUGUAAGAUUGGCUUUAAAUGUAUAAUAGGUAAAUGAAUAACGCUAAUGUCUCAUGAUGCAGGCUGUCCAGUAAUUCUGUCAGAGGAUGCAGUUUCUGAAUUAGGGCUCUGGAACCAAUUGUAAGUCGCCUCUAUGAUAGUUGGAGUGGUCAUCUUUCUCUCAAUGACGUCCAGGUGAAAUCACAAUGCAAGAAUUGUUGCAGUACUAAGGAAGAAUGAAAAGGGAAGCAAGAUACACUUUAAUCAGAACAUAUAGUGCCAGAAGGGACUAGUUUCUGUUAUUUAGAAGCAAUGAAAUGUUGCUGAAUAUUAUCAUUGGGUUCACAUAAUGUGCCAGGCACACUAAUCUUGCCUUCAUCUAGCCCUCUGAAAAUGUUCCAGUGUUGUUAAUGGUUCUGUCAACAUGGCUCCUGAUAUAUAUGAUUUACCAUUUAUUUUUAUACGGGAUGCCCUUGCCAAGAAGUUUUCUUUUCACAAUGGAUCUUUUCAGUCUUAACUUUCAGAACUUUGGGUUUUCAAAGUUGCUCCCAUGUCUAAUCCUUUUACUGCAUAUGUUUCACACUUUUAAUUUUACAUUAAAUGUAGACAAUUAAAUGGCAUGAUGACUAAGUUGUUAUCCUUUAUAGAUUAAACUAAAUAAGCUUGCAUAAUGUGUGUUUGUUUUUGUUAUGCCAUUUAUUUGAUCUGACCAUUUCUGUGCUUAGUUUAGUUCUUCCGCCUCCCUGAAGGUAACGUCUUAUGUACACCUGCAAAAGUGCUUUUUCCUCCUUUGUCAAUGACAUUAAAUGCCUUUAUAUUCUA